CCGGGCUCUUCAGACUUCACGUUGUACCUAGCAUUGAAUCUCGGCUCCCUCUGCCGCCAUACGCGGACAACCUCGUGCGACGAUAGAGGUCACGCACCGUUGCGCAACCCAACAACAACGUCCGCCGCAAGCAAGCCAUGUCCCAAUCCCUCCGACCCUACCUUUCCUGCGUGCGCAGCACCCUCACAGCCGCCCUAUCCCUCUCCAACUUCGCCUCACAAGCGGCUGAACGACACAAUGUCCCCGAAAUCGAAGCGCAAUCAUCGCCCGAACUGCUACUCAACCCGCUUACCGUGAGCCGCAACCAGGAUGAACGGGUAUUCGUCGAACCGUCAGUCAACAGCGUGCGCGUCAGCAUACGGAUAAAACAGGCGGAUGAGAUUGAGCACAUUCUGGUACAUAAGUUCACGAGAUUCCUGACGCAGAGAGCGGAGCCGUUCUUCAUUUUGAGACGGAAGCCGGUGCCGGGCUAUGAUAUCUCAUUCCUAAUCACAAACUUCCACACGGAGGAGAUGCUGAAGCACAAGCUGGUCGACUUCAUCAUACAAUUUAUGGAGGAGGUGGAUAAGGAGAUCUCGGAGAUGAAGCUUUUCCUAAAUGCAAGAGCACGCUUUGUAGCGGAGAGCUUUCUGACGCCGUUCGAUUGAUAUCGCACCAGGGUCUGGCAAGGAGACGCUGAGGGCUCGUAGCGGCAUCGAAGGUCUGCGCCUCACCGCGUGGUCUGCACCACGACCUCGAAAACGUGGUCUUAUCCUGGUAGUCGCAAGGCAAACCGAAGCUGAGCCGCGAGCUAGAUUGCUGCGGAAGCGCCUAUCUCAAGGCGCACGGACGAACGCGAACUGGGAGAGCUGAGUUCUUCCUCUGCACGCACAAGUGAUGAUCAGAUGAUGGCAAACUGAAAGUGAUCCAUAGAUGGCGUGAUGUACGCAUGUGCUCGCAUCACGAGUCUACAUUGUCGUAACUGUCUCAAGAGCUGUCACUUAUGACCAUGCUUGCAAGCUCUGUUCUCCGCUCGUACCCUCGUCGCCAG